UUUAUGGACCACUGAACUCAACAUUAUCAGUAACCCAUAAAUGGCUGUUUUUGAUAUUUAUUUAUUUAUUUUAAUUAUAUCAAUGAAUUUUACAUCCUAUCCGGUGAGUUGUGACGAUUCUAUAAAUGGUGACUCUGUUUCGUGGUCUGAAUGGACGGAAUGGUCCCGGUGCAAUAGACCGUGUCCGUGGUCCUGGUGCAGAAACACAACAUGUAUUGGUGCAAAAACAAGGAGAAGAACAUGUACAGAUUCUGUUACAGAUAAUUCCACUCUGAUCUGUUCAGGCUCUUUUAAGCAAAAUGUUCUCUGUAUAAAAGCUGUCUGUCCCGUGAAGGGAGAGUGGAGCGGUUGGACAGAGUGGUCGGCCUGUAGUGUUACGUGUGGGAACGGGUAUCGUCAAAGAAUUAGAUUCUGUGCGGAUCGCAGAAAACCGUGUCGUGGAAAAAACUUUGAAAAAGCUAACUGUAAUGCGGAACUUUCAUGUCCAUCUGACGGUCAGUUUGGGGAGUGGGGCCAAUGGAGUGAGUGCUCACAGCCCUGUAGUGGGGUCAGGAAAAGACAGAGGAAUUGUACUUAUCCCAAACCAAGACAAGGCGACAAAAACUGCUCAGGGAAUUGGGAGGAAACGCAAAACUGCUCGGAUGUCAGCUGUGAAGCCCAGUCACCCACCAUGAGAUUAAUAGGCGGGAACUCUACUACAGAAGGUCGAGUGGAGGUUUACUACAAUGGUUCCUGGGGAACAGUCUGCGACGACAACUUUGGUGACAAAGAUGCUGCCGUCGUCUGCCAUAUGCUCGGAUUCAGCAGGCUAAAUGCCAAAGCUAAGGGGUCAGCGUUUUUCGGCCAAGGAUCAGGACACAUUUGGAUGGAUGAGAUGGGUUGUACGGAUUCGGACACAAAUUUGUUUCGAUGUUCCCAAAACGCAAUUGGCUCCCAUAACUGUGGACACAACGAAGAUGCCGGUGUCAUGUGUCAAACGUUUUCUGGUCUGAAUAUCAGACUUGUGGGCGGAUCUAAUGCUAUGGAGGGGCGGGUGGAGAUUUUCUAUAACGAUGAAUGGGGUACCGUGUGCGAUGACGCCUGGGAUAAUAACGAUGCUGCUGUCGUCUGCUUCAUGCUGGGAUUUUCAAGGAAAAACGCCACAGCAAGAACAUCGGCACACUUUGGACAAGUUGACAGUCGUAUGAGGAUCUGGACAGAUGAUGUACGGUGCCAAGGGGACGAAAUGGAUUUACUACAAUGUAACAAGUCCAGUAUGGGCACACACAAUUGUGGGCAUUCAGAGGACGCCGGGGUAAUCUGUUCCUUAGAUGAAGCUGUGCGACUAGUUGGCGGGAAUACGGCUUUAGAAGGUAGAGUUGAAAUAUAUCACGAAGGAUCAUGGGGGACAAUCUGCGAUGACGGAUGGGGUAAUGAGGAUGCGGCAGUCAUUUGCUCAAUGUUAGGAUUUUCUAG